AUGAAUGGGGAGGCGAUGGAGGGGAACCCGGCACCGGAGCAGCAGCAUGCCGGUAACACCACCCACCUCCCUCCUCCUCCCACCAUCACGCCGGCCAUCCCUCCCUACGUGAAGCUGGGUCUGACCAUCGCCUACACCAUCUUCUACUCGCUGCUCUUCGCCUUCGUCUACGCCCAGCUCUGGCUGGUGCUGCGGUACCGGCACAAGCGCUUCAGCUACCAGACGGCCUUCCUGUUCCUGUGUCUGCUGUGGGCCGCCCUGCGAGCCCUCCUCUUCUCCUUCUACUUCAGGGACUGUGUGACCGCCAACGCACUCGGCCCGUUCGCCUUCUGGCUGCUCUACUGCUUCCCCGUCUGCCUGCAGUUCUUCACGCUCAGCCUCAUGAACCUCUACUGUGCACAGGUUUACUUUAAGGCCAAGUCCAAGUACACACCUUCACUGCUCAAGUACAGACUUCCUCUGUACCUGGUCUUCUUGGGCGUCAGUCUCCUCUUCCUGGUGGUGAAUCUGGUCUGUGCCCUGCUGGUGAAAAUGACCGCCGCCGACGUGAAGACCAUCGUCCUGGUGAGGGUCACCAUCAACGACAGCCUGUUCGUCCUCUGCGCCGUCUCGCUGUCCGUCUGCCUCUACAAGGUCGCCAAGAUGUCGCUGGCCAACAUCUACCUGGAGUCAAAGGGGACGUCGGUGUGUCAGGUGACUCUGAUUGGCAUCAUGGUGGUGUUGCUGUACGCAUCGCGCGCCUGUUACAACCUGGUGGUGCUCGCCCUCACCAACAUCGAGACCAUCAACUCCUUCGACUACGACUGGUACAACGUCUCAGACCAGGCGGACUUGCGGUCGUCGAUGGGAGACGCCGGUUACAUCGUGUUCGGGGUGAUUCUGUUCGUCUGGGAGCUGCUGCCCACCUCGCUGGUCGUCUUCUUCUUCAGGGUCCGCCGGCCGCCUCAGGAAAGGAGCACUGUUGGGAUACCGAACCACGUUCUCUCCUCCAGAGGAUACUUCUUUGACAACCCUCGACGGUACGACAGCGACGACGACCUGGCGUGGAGCAUUCCUCCCCAGAAUGCAUCAGCGAGUCUUUCCUCCGACUGCUACGACUGGAGCAGCCGUCACAGCAGCUUUACGGUUCACACCAACAGCGACGAGCAGCGCCUGACCGCCACCGCCGGAGAGCUCCACCCUUACCCAUAA